AUGAAUAGUAGCUCAAGUUUGCCAACUCAACAAAUUCUCGACUAUCUGAACUAUUACGCCUCAUUCAGACCUAUAAACGAUGAUCUCGCAACACUUUCCAAGGAAUUCUUCCAAUAGUACUCGACUCGUAAAGAAAUGCUCUAAACUAAACUUAAUUAAAGCAAGAUUAAGCAGUUAGAUUUGUAAACCAAGAUUGAUCAGUCCCAGUAGAGGAUACUUAACUAUCACGCUCAAUCGAUACAAUUGUAAUAGUCAAAAGAACACAUCAUUGAAGAAAUUGACAAUAAACAAAAUGAAUUAAAUUAGUUGGAGAAAAGAUAAUCAUUGAACCGGUCUCAUUCUAAAUAGUAGAAGCUCCUAGAAUUGGCAGAGGGUCUGGAUAUAUGUGAAAACACCUUGGAAACAGUGAAAACCGAAUUCAAUGAAAACCACAAAAUAAUAGAUUGGGAAUCUUCCCUCAAUUAAUAAUUAAAAUAAACUCGCGAUAAAGUACAGCAUAAUUCAUAUAUAUUCUUAAGUUGCAAAGAUAAAAUGAGCAAAAUAUUCUCACCAUCAAUCAACUCAACUAGUCCACACAAAACAACACCAAGAAAAUCAUCAAGCUUCUCCAAUUGAUAUCCGAUCUCCGACAAAUGAUAGUUUAAUCAAAAUCCUCCAAUCAAUCAAAUCCACUCCCUCUCCAAGUCGACGACAGCAGUAAUUCAACAUUCAUUUAUAUAAUAGAAAUAAUUAAAUCUAUUAUCGAAAAAAUCGAAAAUACCAAGCUCCCAGGCAAAGAGCAAUAGGAACACGAGAUUCUCAACUUAGUCACCUAAUUGCUCCACCUAAGAGAACAAUCUAACACAAUCAAAAUCAGUCUCCCUCUCAAAUUGGAAUAGAGUGACGAUUUAGUAACUUGCGAUCGCACAUUUAGCACCCCAAGAUUUUAGAGCAGUAUGAGGUUCAAGGCCAAUGAUAUCUUGCCACAAGCCAGAAUCAGGACAGAGGCUGAUGAUAAAUUGGAUUAUGGAUGUGAAAAGCGAAUUGCCACAGAUUGUGGGUUCUAUGAGGAGGACGAACAAAGCAGUGACGACGACAAUCACGUGUUGAAAGUGCCCUUUUAAUCGAAGAAGAGUUUGAAUUGCGAGAGAACGAAAAAGAAGAAGUAAAGUUAUAUUUCAGUGGCUUCAUUUUCAUCUUAAGCCUCAAGCAAUCAAAAAUACAUUAAUUUAUAGGAUGAAUUAAAUUAUUUAGGUGAAAUUAAUGAAUAUUACUGCACUAGAAAGUUCAUUGAUGAUCAAUUGAUUGUUGCACCUUGUCAAACACCAUUGGAACAAUCAAUAGAACUCAAUUCCAAGCAAGUUCUUCAGGAGGAAAAACCUAAAUCAAAUUCAUUCAUUAAAAAGAUUUUGGGAGUUGGUCUGGGAAUUGGAUUGACCUAUGCUUGCUAUAAGUUCUUUAAAAAAUGAAUGAUAUGAAAUACUUAUG